UCUGGCUGCGCCAGAGUUCUCCUCGCGCGCCCGUGCUCGGGGAGAAAAUGGCGCUUUCUCCGGCCGACGAGCCGGCUCUGCUCAGCCCAUCCGAGACCUCCGCGUGCCAGGACCCGCCAGACCAGGCCGAAGACGAAGAGUCGCUCCGAAUCCGGCACCUCCCGAAACUGCGAUCGGAGCCAGGCGGCAUCCCGCUCCAAACUUCCUGGACCUUCUGGCUUGACAGAUCUCUUCCUGGCACCACAGCAGCUGAAUGUGCGUCAAACUUGAAAAAAAUAUAUACAGUAAAAACAGUUCAGGUAAGACCAACAGAAGAUUUCCUUUCCCCUAGCGGAAUCACACUGAAAUGUGAAGCUCCUCCAGUCAACUUCAGAAGAAGCUUCUCCUGCAAGAUGUUCUGGAGUGUGUACAAUAAUAUUCCUCCUGUGCCCAACUUGCCUCUGAGAUGCAGUUACCAUUUAAUGAGGGAAGAGAGACGACCACUUUGGGAAGAGGAAAGUAACGCAAAAGGUGGAGUAUGGAAAAUGAAAGUCCCUAAAGAAAGUACGGCUGCAGUUUGGAAAGAGUUGUUGUUAGCAACUAUCGGGGAACAGUUUACUGAUUGUUCUGCAGCAGGUGAUGAAGUAAUAGGUGUUAGUGUCAGCGUUCGUGAUCGGGAAGAUGUCGUUCAAGUUUGGAAUGCUAAUGCAUCUUUAGCAAAUGAAGCAACAAUUUUACAAAAAAUCUAUAAGCUCCUGCCACACACAUCUUUUAAAGCCGUAUUUUAUAAACCCCAUGAAGAACAUCAUGCUUUUGAAGGUGGACGUGGAAAACAUUAAUUGCAGUCUGUACAGAAUUCUUUAUCCUUUGUUGAUUAGUUGAGGAAAUGGGCUAAUCAGGAAGCGCAGCAGAGAGAAGACUUGCUGGUCAUUUUACAUUUGUUUUCAAUCCUAUCAGAUUUGGCAAUUAAUGCUCAGAGUUGCAGGUGGCUAGGGGAGUUGUGUUGAUUUCUGACAUGACUACUUGUUUUUGGCUUUCUAAAUUAACUGUUCUUUGCAUUCUGAAAUGUUUUGCCCUUCUUAUUUUUAUUCAAUGUAAUUAUUGUUUCAUGUAGUUCCCUUUCACUGAAAGACAAGAGUUUUGGUUUCUUUAGCUGUACUGUACCUAGUAAAAUGCGAAUAUGCCCAGCCUUGAUAAUGCUGCUUCUUUUAGACCUGCUGUACAUAGCAAAUAAUAGCUUGGUGAAUUGUGUAUUUUGAGUAUUUGUUGUGAUACAUUCCUACCAUAAUAAGAGAUUUACUCACUGUCUUUGUCCCAGGAAAAAGAAAAAUUGCACUGUGUUGUAAUUUACGAAGGUAAUCUGAAAUUGCACUGACAACUGCACUGACAACUGUACACACGUACUGUUCGUUUCCUUUUGUUAACAAAAGAAAUAUUUGAUUGUAUAAUGUGAAAGCUCUUAAAGUUGUGAACACAUUUCAAUAUUUGGAUUUGCUUUAAUUUGCAGUACUAUAUCCUCCUGUGGAAGUAUUUUUAACCAACAUUUCAUUUUAGUCCUUUCAAAACAAUGCUCAUUUAGAAUGGUAGGAAGGAUUUAUCUUAAUCAGAAAACUAGAAACCUCUUCAUUUAAGGGGUGGUGAUAAUUUAAUUGUUUUGACUUGUUUGCUUUCUUGAUUUUAUGUUUGAAGUCAAUUCUCACAUCUUUUAUGAGGUGGAGCCUCAGUUCUAGCUCAUGUUAUGUGUAAUUUCCAGUUAUCGACAGUAUCUUCAGUGAAGUGGUUUUUUUUUUUUCCCCUGGGGGGGUGGGGGGUGGAGUGCAUAGUUUUUAUUUCAUUUAGCAACAAAUGAAAUUUUCAUUUGUGUGUGAAUGUGAAUACUUACAAAGUUGACUUUGAGUGCAUUUUUUGUAUAUUAAACAUUAGAAUUGUUGAAAUAUUUUAGUAUAGUACCAAAGAAUAUUGAUUUUAAUUUUGUUAAAAGGAAGCUGCAAAGUAGAAGUGAAUGUACACCCACUGAACCUGAUCGUUUUCAUUUGGAAAUAGUUCUAAUUGCACUGAUUUCCAUAUUUUAGUUUCACAAAUCUCUGCCUGUACUUACCUGGAAAAAGCAUAAGAAUUUCCUUCUGCUUUUGAAGCUGUUUCUUCCUGCCACUUUGUUUCUGUGGUGAUAGCAGCAGCCAAAAAAGAAUACAUAUUUAUAAAUCAGAAGAAAGGACAGUGUACUCAGCACUACAGUCUUGCCCAAAAUUUUUAACUUCUGCAAAUUUUUAACAGUGCAAACAUAGAUUUAAAAAUAGUUAUCAGAAUAACACAGGUUUAUAAAGCUUUCCACCUAGCAUUUUCUAGAUCUCCAGAUGUAUUUAUAUUAAAAGUUGUGCAUUUCACUUAUAAAUAAAAAUCAUGUUUCUAGAAUGGACUUGCUUCUGCAGUUUCUUACUGAAGUUAAAUGUUAAUGAUCCUGAUUCCUAAAACCAGGAUGCAUCUUAGUAAAAAUAAACUAGUAUCCUCUUUGGUUUGUAGCUUUCAUCACAAAAAUUCUGAAAAUACUCUGGGUAUAGAUAAUACUCAUUAUUUUUAAAAGAUGGGUUUUUUUUCUGAUUAAAUAGGAACAAGGGGCCUGGGUGGCUUUAUCUUAGUAUU